AUGCAUCGUCUUUUUGCUGAGCUGGAGCCAUCUUUAACCGUCACCGAGCAAAACCUGGCAGACCGAGUUCGGUAUAUCUUGCGCUCAAAUAUAUUUGAUGUCGCCGAACUCGAACGGCUACUACGUGAGGCUGUUCCCUCAUUGGGUGAAAAUGCUGCGGCUGAGGAUGCAGCGCCACAAAUUGCAGAGCAACCGGCAAAUGUGGAUGCCGCCGUGAAUACCCCAGUUGUGGUUGAUUCAAACGAUGAUGGAACAGUCGCCCAGGAACUGGAAUUAGAGCAUAUGAGGAGUACAUUGGAGGAGGCGAUUGUGGAAACGCGCAGUACGCCUCUCGAAAAUCGCCCGCGACUUCCCCGCUUAGCCCUAAGCAAGCGGAAUCGGGCUGUCGUGAGGGCUCUGAACCCAAUGCUGGUGACCUAUUUGGAAGCCAGCCGGGACCUUUGCGAGACGGACUCAAUUCUUUUUGGCGCCGCGCUGGCAGUCUGCCGUAUUACAGGCGCCAAAGGUUUCCACGGCUGGACGCGCUACUGGCCAUAG